GUAAAGGUGGCAGCCCCAACCGCUCUCAGCUGGCCCAGGAAAACAAUCGGGUGCUCACGCCUCGCCUCACCAUCAUAUUUCCGCCUCGCCCAGGGCCCGGGGACAGCCUGCCACCAUGGGGAUCCUCGAGAAGAUCGGAGAAAUAGAGAAGGAGAUAGCCAGGACGCAGAAGAACAAAGCCACGGAAUACCACCUGGGUGUGCUGAAGGCCAAGCUCGCCAAGUACCGGUCACAACUGCUGGAGCCGCAGGGCAAGAAGGGAGAGAAGGGGGAAGGCUUCGAUGUGAUGAAAAGUGGUGAUGCGCGGGUGGCUCUCAUUGGCUUCCCCUCCGUCGGCAAGAGUACCCUGCUGAGCACCCUGACCAAUACCCAGAGCGUAGCCGCCUCGUAUGAAUUCACCACGCUGACCUGCAUCCCAGGUGUCAUUGAAUAUAAGGGCGCCAACAUACAGCUGCUGGAUCUGCCGGGGAUCAUCGAGGGUGCUUCCCAGGGCAAGGGUCGAGGCAGGCAGGUGAUUGCCGUGGCGAGGACGUCGGACCUGGUGAUCAUGAUGGUGGACGUGACAAAGGGCGAGGUGCAGAAGGAUCUCUUGACGGCUGAGCUGGAGGCGGUCGGUAUCAGACUCAACAAGAAGAAGCCCGGCAUCUACUUCAAGCAAAAGAAGGCGGGAGGCAUCAAGUUCAACGCCACCUGUGCCCUCACCAAGAUUGACGAGAAGAUGGUGCAGAUGAUCCUUCACGAGUACAAGAUCUUCAAUGCUGAGGUGAUAUUCCGAGAGGACUCCACGCCUGAUGAACUGAUUGACGUGAUCUCCGGCAACCGUGUGUACAUCCCCUGCCUCUACGUGUACAACAAGAUUGACCAGGUGUCCAUCGAGGAGGUUGACCGCGUGGCUCACCUGGGCAGCAGUGUGGUGGUCAGCUGCAACAUGAAGCUUAACCUGGACUACCUCUUGGACCGCACGUGGCAGGAGUUGUCUCUGCUGCGCAUUUACACCAAGAAGCCGGGAUGUGCGCCAGACUUCGGUGACCCCAUCAUCCUGCGUGGUGGAGCCUCUGUGGAGCAUGUCUGCCACUCCAUCCACCGGUCCAUCGUAGCUGUGUUCAAAUAUGCCCUUGUUUGGGGCAAGAGUACGAAGUUCAGCCCGCAGCGAGUUGGCAUCCACCACAUCAUGAGUGACGAGGAUGUCAUUCAGAUCGUCACCAAGAAAUAAUCCCCUGUAUAGCCUUAGCUUAGUCUGCCCAAAUACAUGUAAGAUGAAAGUGAUGCCUCUGCUCCAAGGAUAUGACAUGUUACCACCACCACCACCACCACAGAAAGGUUUAUACACACACAGUACACUUGCUGCAUUUUUAUUCCACCCACUGUGCCAGCCAGUGUCCCAGGAGAGCUGAGUGAGUGUGGGAGCUGUAACUUGGAGGCUCAGCAUUGACAGGUGACUUUAAGAACACUGUAAUGAGGGUGUGUUUAGUAGCAGCACUCUACCUCACUCUUCCUUCUGAUCCUGGGUUACCACUGCCACACACAGCUCUCACACUCACUCACAGGACUGCUAGCUACUCACACACACACACACACACACACACACACACACACACACACACACACACACACACACACGACAAGGAGCACCACUCUUCACAGCACAGGCGAGUGUCAUGUGUAGGUGUCCCAAAUGGCAAGUAUUGCUCAAGUGUCUCAGCUCCUCAGUGUAGUGAGGGGCACAGUGGGACGGGUGUGGAUGGAUGGACGCCGGCAGGUUUACAAGAAGGGAAUCUGUAAGGCCUUGUGUAACGUCACCCUUCUCUUCCAUCUACUCCUUCCUCCUAGCUUGUGUGUUUCAGGUGUCCAGUGCAUUCAUUACUGUUGAUUAGAUUCUCCCUGAGGUUGGCUGUCAUUGAAGGGAAUUCGUCAGUGCAGUGUUGAUUUGCUUUCCUACAGGCAGCUUGGGUUUCUGGGACAGUGUUGACUGGCAGCAAUUCGAGCCUAGUGGUGUGUUAUCAGAAUAGUGAGGUCUUGUCUCGAGGUUCUUGGGAGUGUGGUGGCCUCAGCAAUUCGAGCCCAGUGGUGUGUUAUCUAAAUGGUGUGAUCUUGUCUCGAGAUUCUUGGGAGUGUGGUGGCCUCAUAAUGUUCCCUACUCAUAUACCAGGCUGGCAGUCCCAUACAGGGUGGCCCAAACAAAGCACCAUACACACACACUUGCCCUGUUGGGUAGAGGGGAUAAUCUGGACCAUUACAUUACGCCCUAAAUGCUAUCCACACUGAAGGUCUUUCCUCACCCAGGCACCUCUGCUCUGACUUGACUCUUGCUGCUGAUAUCACCAUGGUCUGAGUCUUGGCUGGAUUUGCUACAGUCACACUCAUCCCAGACUGUUACAGAAUGAUCCUCUUCUGAGCUGGUUGACUCUUGCCCUGGAGAAUGCUGUCACACUCACUAGGGUAUUGAUUAAUUAUUGGUUGUCUCUGUUUCUCCUUCCAUUUGCUGUUCUGUUAUCCAUUUUCUUUUCCUUGUUUCAUGUUGGCUUAGUGGUGAAGUGAGAAUCCAUGCUUAAGUUAAUGAUAAUGGCUGUUCAUUCAUCAGUGUCAUGACCAUUUUUUUAGGGACAGUUUUGUAAGAUAAAUCAAACACCACUUCCACCCGCAGCUGAGGCCGGAGAGUGACUGGCUUCAUUCAUAUCAUAAUGUAUCAAUUACACUCUGGUACCAACA